CCGCUGACGCACCCUUGCUGUGGGGAAAUAGAUUCCAUCAAGAAAGCCGCCAGCCAUAUCGCCCAUGGCAUGGUAUCCUACUACACCGGAAACCACACUGGAGAUGUUCCAGGCAAUUUGCCGGAUCCUUACUACUGGUGGGAGGCCGGCGCGAUGUUCGGGGCCCUUAUAGACUAUUGGUGGUAUACCGGCGACGACGCCUACAACAAGAUCACAAUGCAGGCGAUGCUUCACCAGGUCGGAACGGAAAAGAAUUAUGAGCCUCGCAACCAAAGCCGCAGUUUGGGUAACGACGACCAGGCCUUCUGGGCCAUCAGUGCAAUGAGUGCCGUCGAGAACAAGUUUCCCGAUCCACCACCAGACCAGCCGCAGUGGCUGUACCUCGUGCAGGCUGUCUUUAACCGUCAAUCAGCACGCUGGGACAACGAAACCUGCGGCGGAGGUCUACGAUGGCAGAUCUUCAGUCUCAACAAUGGUUACCACUACAAGAACGCGAUUUCUAACGGUGCUUUCUUCCACCUAGCUGCACGUUUGGCGAGAUACACCAACGACGAGAGCUACUCCAAGUGGGCCGAUAAGGCAUGGAAAUGGAUGACCGCUAUCAAACUUAUCAGCCCUACAUUCCAGAUUUUCGAUGGAACGGAUUCUGCCGACAACUGCUCUGGUAUCAACCACAUUCAAUGGUCGUACAACAAUGGCAUCCUGCUUCUCGGUGCUGCCCACAUGUACAACCACACCAAUAGGGACCCCGUUUGGAAAGACCGUCUGUUCGGCCUUAUCAAGGGCUUCGAAGUCUUCUUCUCCCAGAAAGAGCCCAAAGGCGUCAUGAUUGAAGUCGCCUGUGAAGCCCAAGGAAACUGCAACAAUGACCAGCGUUCGUUCAAGGCUUACAUGGCCCGCUGGAUGGCCGCAACCAUGAUUAUUGCACCCGACACCAUCGAAAAGAUUAACCCCUUGCUAAGGGAAUCCGCAAAGGCAGCAGCCCUCCAAUGCAAUGGCCCAGACAACGCCUGUGGUCUCUACUGGACUAAGGGAGCGGACUGGGGCACCUCUAAGACCGGAGUCGGCGAACAAAUGGCUGCUCUGGAAGUCAUCCAAUCCAACCUGUGGUACAAAAAACAGGCCUCUGGUCCCGCAAACAGUAAGACGGGUACCAGUAAGGGUGAUCCUAAUGCCGGUAACGACGCAGGUAACAACCAAACGAAGCAACCAUCCGAAAUCAAUUCCGGAGACAGAGCAGGCGCCGGUAUCCUGACCACUCUCAUCCUCCUGGGAAUUGCCGGAGGUGUCUGGUGGAUGGUAUCAUAA